CAGGAAGUGACAUGGCCGCCUCCUUCAACGGAGCCUCGUCGACUUUCCUCCGGUAACUUGUAGGUUAAAUUUGUCGGUCUUUUAACGCUUCGUCCGUAUUUUACCGGGACCGCGCCCUGCGGAGCUCAGCAUGGGCACCGUCCACGCCAGGAGCCUGGACCCUCUGCCCAUGCGAGGGCCAGAGCUCGGAGUUCAACCUGACGACAUCGAGGCUCCGGAGAUUGAGCACGAGCCAAAGCAAGAAGUUCUUGAGAACAAGAAUGUCGUAAUUCAACGGGUGCACAUAGAUGGGCUCGGAAGAACCAAGGAGGACCUGCUGACUUAUGAAAUCGCAGAAGUUUUCCGGGCAAAGAACUUGAUUGAUGUGAUGCGAAAGUCCCACGAAGCCCGACAGAAGCUGCUGCGUCUCGGUAUCUUCAGAAAAGUAGAAGUUGUUAUCGACACUUCCCGAGGUGAAGACGCUCUUCCCAACGGCCUCGACGUGACGUUUGAAGUCACCGAGCUGAGACGGAUGACGGGCAGCUACAACACCAUGGUUGGAAACAACGAGGGAAGCAUGGUACUGGGCCUGAAGUUACCCAAUGCAUUAGGUCGGGCAGAGAAAAUGACCUUCCAGUUCUCCUACGGCACCAAAGAAACAUCCUACGGCCUGUCUUUCUUCAAACCCCAGCCAGGAAACUUUGAACGCAAUAUCUUACUCAACGUGUACAAAGUAACGGGUCAGUUUCCGUGGAGUUCUGUGAGGGAGACGGAUCGAGGGAUCUCUGGAGAAUUGAGCUUCCCUGUGUGGAAGACCAACCAAACCCUGAAGUGGGAGGGAGUGUGGAGAGAGCUGGGCUGUCUGGCUCGCACUGCCUCGUUUGCCGUCCGGGAGGAGAGCGGCCAUUCCCUCAAGUCCUCACUUUCGCACUCGAUGGUCAUCGACACCAGAAGCUCCUCCAUUCUUCCCAGGAAAGGUGGCCUGUUGAAGAUCCAUCAGGAACUUGCUGGUUACACUGGGGGAGACGCCAGCUUCCUGAAGGAGGACUUUGAGAUACAGCUCAACAAAACUCUCUUCUGGGACUCGGUCCUUUCUGCCUCAUUGUGGGGCGGUGUGCUCCUACCCAUUGGUGACAAGCCAACAAGCAUAGCAGACAGGUUCUAUCUAGGUGGCCCCACCAGCAUCAGGGGAUUCAGUAUGUACAGUAUGGGCCCACAGAGUGAAGAUAUGGCAGGCGACUACCUGGGAGGAGAGGGCUACUGGGCUGGAGGCCUCCACCUCUACACCCCUCUACCCUUCAGACCAGGCAGGGGGGGCUUUGGUGACCUCUUCAGAACACACUUCUUCCUCAACGCCGGAAACCUUUGUAACCUCAACUAUGGUGAGGGGCCACAAGCACAUUUGAAGAAACUUGCAGAAUGCAUCCGUUGGUCAUACGGACUCGGCAUUGUGCUGCGUUUGGGGAACAUUGCCAGACUGGAGCUGAAUUACUGCAUUCCCAUGGGAGUCCAGAGUGGAGACAGGAUAUGUGACGGGGUCCAGUUUGGAGCAGGAAUCCGGUUCCUGUGAAACCACAGUUCUUGGAUCUGGAACUUCCUUGUGUUUCAAUUUAAUUUUAUGCCAGAAACAUUUUAUUGGAUGAGGAAAUUGCUUGUACAGAAUCGUUGCAACUCAUUAGUUCGGUAAAAGUGUUUGCACUGGCUGUCCAUUAUGAUGUAUCCUUUUUUAUCAUUUAUUGUCAGAAGUCAAAUAAAGGGCUCUUAGUCCGAUUUUA